UCAAUCCGUGCCAAUGGCAACAAAACCACUGGUGAUCCUAGAUGCGACCAUACAGCGCACUGUUACAGGUGGCAGAGGAUAUGCAUUCAGCAGGCAGAGAUCUCGGGUGUCUGAAGUUCUGUAAACAAGCAACAAAAACUGUUCAAUAAAAAAAAAACGUGACAUGGAGGAUGGGCGAAUGAAGAAAUAACUUGCGGGGCAAAAGGUGUCAGUUUCCACCGCGUCACCUCUCUGACGGAAAGAACACCAUGAAAUAACAUCGGACACCGAGGAUGAAACGCUUUCAACUCGAGACCGAGAAAAAGCAAUGGCGGUGAACAACUGCGACACUAAAAUAUAAAGGGAAAAGUUCGUCUGCAUCCUUCAGCGCCGAGUAAGUGAACUGAGAGGAAGAAUCAUCGAUGUUCAGAAAGUGUAUUAUCUGCACUGACCAGAUUUCACUGUAGAAGGACGGUAUUGCUGCGUUGCCUCGGAGAAGAAACUUUCCUUAAAGGGUAGGGAAUCAUGGCUUCAGAAGAGCCUACCGGGCUGGCGAAAUCUGCCGCGGUGAAAUUAUCCGAGAUGGGCCAAAGAACUAAACAGUUAGGUACAGCUAUGCAAGACCCUAAUCGUCAAAGACGGAUUAUUUUAGUGAUUGUCUGCGUAGCACUUCUGUUAGAUAAUAUGCUUUACAUGGUUAUUGUGCCGAUAAUACCAGAUUACCUUGCUGAUCUCGAAAGUGAAUCGGAACACGCCCAUGUAACUGUGCAUUCCAAUUCUUCAAUCAACGGUACAAGCCCUGGUAAAGCCUCCAGGGACAAUUUAGACGUCCAGAUCGGAGUUCUGUUUGCGUCGAAAGCCAUUCUGCAGCUUUUAGUGAAUCCCCUGUCAGGAACCUUCAUAGACCGAGUCGGAUACGACAUUCCACUUUUGAUUGGACUGACUGUCAUGUUUGUAUCAACUUGCAUAUUUGCCUUUGCCGAGAACUACGCUACUCUGUUCGUGGCUCGCAGUCUGCAGGGUCUGGGGUCAGCCUUUGCAGAUACCUCUGGAAUUGCCAUGAUUGCCGACAAAUACACGGAGGAGGCAGAGAGAAGUCGAGCCCUCGGCAUCGCAUUGGCAUUCAUCUCGUUCGGAAGCUUAGUAGCGCCCCCCUUUGGGGGCGUCCUAUACGAAUUCGCGGGUAAAAGGGUACCAUUCAUUGUGCUAGCCUGUGUUUGCUUAGCAGACGGUAUUUUGUUGUUGACUGUAAUUAAGCCCUUUUCGAAUAGGACUAGGGAAAACAUGCCUGUGGGUACCCCUAUCUACAGACUCAUGAUUGAUCCCUACAUCGCAGUGGUAGCUGGAGCUUUGACAGUGUGUAAUAUCCCCUUGGCCUUUUUGGAACCCACCAUUGCCAACUGGAUGGAAACCACCAUGAAUGCAUCAAAAUGGGAGAUGGGACUCACCUGGUUGCCAGCCUUCUUUCCCCACGUCCUGGGCGUUUACAUUACUGUGAAGUUAGCGGCCGAAUAUCCUAACUUGCAGUGGUUUUACGGAGCUGUCGGUAUGGUCAUAAUUGGUGCCAGCUCAUGCACUGUACCUGCCUGUAAAAACUUUGGACAGUUAAUUGCCCCUCUCUGUGGUAUAUGUUUCGGCAUUGCUCUCGUGGACACUGCCCUUUUACCAACGCUUGCAUUUCUGGUAGACGUGCGUCACGUCUCUGUGUAUGGCAGUGUCUACGCUAUCGCAGACAUCUCCUACUCUGUCGCUUAUGCCAUGGGACCCAUUGUUGCAGGUCAGAUUGUCCAUACCCUUGGCUUUGUGCAACUCAAUCUAGGUAUGGGUCUCGUCAAUGUACUGUACGCACCCGCUCUCCUCCUGCUCAGAAAUGUGUGCCAAAUGAAACCGUCUCAUUCGGAGAGAAAUGUUCUUCUGGAAGAGGGACCCCAGGGACUAUAUGAUACCAUAAAGAUGGAGGAACGAAAAGCCAGGAGGAAGGGCUAUAGUUCGGCCGGUAACUGCAUGGUCAGUGAUGAGAAUGGUUAUGACACCUUUAGAGGAAACUCAAGGUCAUAUUCUGAGGAGGAAUCGUCUGGGCCUGAAUAUAGUUAAACUGAGCUAAAACUUUACAAGAUACACACCCCUUUUUGUGACCACAGGAACAGUAUUCAGACAAACCUACAAUACAGUAGUGGUGCAGUUGCCAUGUAAUGUACUGUACUGAUGCGCAACGUAUUUACCGAACCACCUAAUCAUGAUUGUGUAACCAGUUCUUUCCGGAUUUAUUUUACU